AUGAUUGUGAUAUGGAUAUUGUUGUUUGUUUUGCUGCUUGCUCUGCUGAUUCUCCUCUUCCUAAAACAACUCUGGUCCCGAAGACAUUUGCCUCCCGGUCCUUUGGCUCUACCUCUCAUUGGGACCUUGUGGGCUGACUGGUUUUGGCUUCGUGAAGAUUAUUUCCUUAAGCAUGCAAAACGAUAUGGAAAUAUAUACUCCAUGUGGGCUGGACCUCACCUUGUAGUAGUAUUGUCUGGAUUCAAAACUGUGAAAGAAGCAAUGACCAGCUUCCCAGAGGAAUUCUCUGAUCGACCAUAUGAUGGUUUGUUGAGUACUUUACAGAAUGGAAGGGGAAUUAUUCUUUCCAAUGGCUACACCUGGAAACAGCAGAGACACAUCGGCAUCACUUCUCUGAGGAAGCUGGGCCUGGGGAAAAAAAGCAUUGAGCAUCAGAUAGAAGACGCAGCUCAGACAUUGGUGGAGAUCUUUAGACAAACAAAAGGACAGCCAUUUGACCCAUCACUUCCGGUACUAAAUGCAGUUUGCAAUAUCAUAUGCGCUUUGAGUUUUGGAUGUCAAUUUGCUCCUGAAGAUGAAAACUACCAGAAGCUAACUCAAGCCCUUGAAAUUCUUGUGAAUUUCACUGGUAACUUUUUCCAUUUUAUGUAUGGUUUGUUUCCACAAAUAAUGAAGUACCUUCCAGGCCCUCACAAGGAGGCCCAGGUGUCUAGGGACCUUAUGCUUUUCUUUGCAAAACAGGAAAUAGAGAAACACAAGGAAUCUUACUCUCUGCAUGAGCCACAGGAUUUCAUUGAUCACUAUCUUCUUCAGAUGGAGAAGAGCAGAAAUGACCCCAACUCUACCUACAAUGAAGAGAACCUGGCCCAAUGUAUUUUGGAUUUUUUUGCCGCUGGAACAGAGACAACCGUGGCUACUCUGAUGUGGGCACUGCUCCUCUUGACCAAUCAUCCUGACAUCCAAGGGAAAGUCCAGAAGGAGAUUGAAGAUGUGUUUGGCUUUUCAAGGUCAAUUUCCUAUCAGGAUCGGAAGAAGCUGCCCUACACCAAUGCUGCGAUUCAUGAAAUGCAGCGUGUAAAGUAUAUCUUCCUAGCUGGGGCUCCCACGCAAAGUACAAAGGAAGUGAAUAUGAAGGGUUAUUGCAUUCCAAAGGGGACUAUUAUUGCCCCAAACUUGCAUUCUGUUCUUCUUGAUCCUGAACAAUGGGAAACACCUAAAGAAUUCAACCCAAAUCACUUUUUGGAUAAGGAUGGGAAAUUCAUUGAACGAGAAGAAUUUCUGCCAUUCGGAAUAGGUCAACGUUCCUGUGUGGGAGAGCAUCUGGCAAGAAUUGAGAUCUUCAUCUUUCUGACCAACCUGUUGAGGGCCUUCAGCUUCCGGUUGCCUGCAGGAGUGAAAGAACUCAAUGAAGUCCCUGUUGUAAAAGUGACAUUGCAUCCACAUCCUUAUAAACUAUGUGCUAUUCCCACACAGGAUUAA